UGCGCGGCACGGCGGCGGGUCGGGCGCUGUGAGGGGAGGCAGGAAAAUGGCGCUGACGCAGGGCACGAAGCGCAAAGUCUGCUACUACUACGAUGGGGAUGUUGGGAAUUAUUAUUAUGGCCAAGGACAUCCCAUGAAACCCCACAGGAUCCGCAUGACCCACAACCUGCUGCUCAACUAUGGGCUCUACAGGAAGAUGGAGAUCUAUCGUCCCCACAAGGCCAAUGCAGAGGAGAUGACCAAGUACCACAGUGAUGAUUACAUCAAAUUCCUCAGGUCCAUCCGCCCUGACAACAUGUCUGAGUACAGCAAGCAGAUGCAGAGAUUUAAUGUAGGGGAGGACUGCCCUGUGUUUGAUGGGCUCUUUGAGUUCUGUCAGCUCUCUGCUGGAGGCUCUGUUGCCAGUGCAGUGAAGCUGAACAAGCAGCAGACAGACAUUGCAGUGAACUGGGCUGGAGGGCUCCACCACGCCAAGAAAUCAGAAGCUUCUGGGUUCUGCUACGUCAACGACAUCGUGCUGGCCAUCCUGGAGCUCCUCAAGUACCACCAGCGAGUGCUGUACAUUGACAUCGACAUCCACCACGGGGAUGGGGUGGAGGAGGCUUUUUACACCACAGACAGGGUCAUGACCGUGUCCUUCCACAAAUAUGGAGAAUAUUUCCCAGGAACUGGGGACCUGAGGGACAUUGGGGCAGGCAAAGGGAAAUACUACGCUGUGAAUUACCCGCUGCGGGACGGCAUCGACGACGAGUCCUACGAAGCCAUUUUCAAACCUGUGAUCUCCAAGGUGAUGGAGACGUUCCAGCCCAGCGCUGUUGUCCUGCAGUGUGGCUCUGAUUCCCUGUCUGGGGACAGGCUGGGCUGCUUCAACCUCACCAUCAAAGGCCAUGCCAAGUGUGUGGAGUUUGUGAAGAGCUUUAACCUGCCCAUGCUGAUGCUGGGAGGAGGGGGGUACACAAUCAGGAACGUGGCUCGCUGCUGGACCUACGAGACUGCUGUGGCUCUGGACACUGAGAUCCCCAAUGAACUUCCAUACAACGACUACUUUGAGUACUUUGGGCCAGACUUCAAGCUGCACAUCAGCCCCUCCAACAUGACCAACCAGAACACCAACGAAUACCUGGAGAAAAUCAAGCAGAGGCUCUUUGAGAACCUGAGGAUGCUCCCUCACGCUCCCGGGGUGCAGAUGCAGCCAAUUCCUGAGGAUGCUGUGCAGGAGGACAGCGGGGAUGAGGAGGAGGAUGAUCCUGAGAAACGCAUCUCCAUCAGAAACUCCAACAAGAGAAUCUCCUGUGAUGAGGAAUUCUCUGACUCUGAGGACGAGGGCGAGGGCGGCCGCAAGAACGUGGCCAACUUCAAAAAAGCCAAACGUGUGAAGGCAGAGGAGGAGAAGGAGGAGGAGGAGAAGAAAGAUGAGAAAGAAGAGGAAAAAGCAAAAGAGGAAAAAGCAGCAGCAGCAACAGCAGCAGCAGAACCCAAAGGGGUGAAGGAGGAGACAAAAUCCACCUGAGGGGCUGCAGCUGCCCUGCCUGCUGUGGGUUUAACCCCCAGGAUUUCUAUUUUAUAGAUGUUUUCUGUAUAUAUUUCUAUAUAAUUGUACAAAUGACUGGAGAACUGUAAAUUAUUCCUUGCUGACCAGGGACUUUCACCCUUUGCCUUCCACUCCCCUCCUUGGUGUGGCUCCAAAAAAACACAAAAAUCACUUCCACCCCUUCCCUUCCUCUGAAAUAACCUUGCAAAAAAAAAAAAAUAAUUUAAGUAGAAGUAGUGUCUGCAUUUCAGGUUAGGUGGAAAAUGGCCAUCAAUUUCUUGCUUUUUUCCUCGAUUUUUUCUCUUUUUUUUUUUUUUUUUUUUUUUUUGGGGGGGGUGUUUUUAAUGGGACAAUUCCCAAAUGAAGCCUGGGAGAGACUUUUGUGGUUUCCAGUUGGAUUCCACCACAAGAAAAAAAAAAAAACAAAAUAACAAAAUCCUGCCAGCUGGUGCCACUUCUCAGGGUCACAAUUUUGCAGUUCUUGAACAGAGUUGGUUCCUCCUGCAGCAAACUUGGGCAAAGAGAUGAAGCAGCUGAAAAAAAAAUCUGAAAAAUACAUUUUUUUCUUGUAUUUUUGGUUUAUUUUUAAAGUAAAUCAGCCCCAGAUCUGGAAAAUAUAAAAUUAUAAAAUAAAAAUCACCCUUAGGGGGUGGCUCAGAUUUCCAAGAUCUGCAUCCAGGGAGUGUCCAGCAUUUCCAUGCAUGGGAUGGGAUUUUUAACCUGGUUUUUAUUCCCCUCUCUAAGUGGGGAGAAAAUUCCUCCUUCUUGGCUUAAUUUUCUUCUGAAAUCCCAAAAAUCCCUCAAAUCCAGGCCAGAGCCCAGCUGACAUCUUUGACAUCUUUUCUUCAAGUGUGUCCCUAAAAAAACCAAAUUUUUCCUGAUUAUUUCCUGAUUUUUUUCCACAUUUUGUCCUCAUUUUUCCCCUGAUUUUUUCCUGAUUAUUUCCUGAUUUUUCCCUGAUAAUUUUCCUCAUUUUUCCCUGAAUUUUUCCUGAUUAUUUACCUGAUUAUUUCCUGAUUUUUCCCUGAUAAUUUUCCUCAUUUUUUCCCUGAAUUUUUCCUGAUUAUUUCCUGAUUUUUUUCCUGAUUUUUUUUCCUGAUUAUUCCCUGAUUUAUUCGUCAUUUUUUCCCUCAUUUUCCCCUCAAUUUUCCUGAUUAUUUUCCGGAUUUUUCCCUCAUUUUAACCAAGUUUCCAUCUGAAUUUCCCUCACAAAGCCAGUAAAUAAAUCCCAACACUUUUUUAUCCUGCUGGAACAGCAGAUGGGGCUCUGAGCAUUUCCCAGCUCCUUCCUCCCACCAUCCUCACCCUCACAUCUCCUUUCUCUUACUCUCCUUUUCUACAGCAGGGAAUGCAAAAAAACCCAAUUUUUGUGGGGUAAAAACUCCAAUUUUUGAUUUUUUUUCCCUUUUUUUCAGGCUGCUCUCCUUUCUCAGGGGAUCCCUGUGCAAUUCUGGAAUUUUGCAAUUCCAGAGGAUUUUUAUUUUUUGCACCCUCCCACGGGAGCACUGCUGAGGUUUCAACUCCAAUAAUGCUGCUAAAACUUCCCACAGCUUCUUUUGCAAAGGGUUAUUUUUUUAAUUCCUCCUUUUUCUCCCUUUUUCUCCCCCCCUUCUCACGUGGAGUUUUUUAGUCUCUUUGGGGUCUGAGUGAGGUUUUCACUCUGAAUUUUCAGUGUUUUUAUGUGAAACAAGAGAGAGAUCAGUGUAACUUUGUGUCUGGGCAAGGUGGGAGGGAAAAAAAAUCUAUUGUGGUUUUUAAAGAAGCGUUUAUUUUGAAUUUUCAGAACCUUUGUAAUAAAACUGCUCCAUUUCUA